GGAAGCUGUUCAGACGUAUUCCACUUAGCGGACAGUAUGGGCUCGGUGCUGUCUUUUAAGCUGUUUGCGUGGACUGUCUACGAUGCUGCGAUGAUGUAUGGUUGAAAGUAGUUGAAAGUUUAGUGACAGAGGUCACAUGGGAUGUGGGACGCUUUGUUUACAUAGCCGGCGCUGCGCCGUGAUCCCUACCGAGCUGCAGAAAUUAGCCGCCUUGUUCUAUCCACGACCACCUGCACAUAUUCGUUCGUCUUCAGCGGUGCGGCCGUGCUUGCUUUUCACGUUGGUCCGCUGCAAUAUUUGACGCCUUAGUUGGUUCGCAUCUGAAAUGGAACUUAAUCGUUAAGAUUUCGUUGCGGUGAACUAAAACUGCGAACCGAGCUGCUCGCCGGUAGCUGUGGAAUCCCGGUCGACUUCUAGAAGUUACAGUCUAACAAGCAGCAAGGGUCCAAGAUGCAUUCGUCUGGGAUCACCCUGGGUAGUCAAGGGUCUUCAAGAGCUCUGGUCCAUGCAGCCCUAACAUCUUGCAAUCCGCAGCAACAACAGCAGCAGCAGAUAGGUGCUCAGGCUGCAGCUUUUUAUCAUGCAGCCAACCCUGCAAUAGCCAGCAUACCUCACUGGGCAGCCUCAGUGGCUGCACCACCAUUUCCAGUUGCCCCUCCAAGCAUUCCCCCACCAAUUUCCUACAGAGCUGUACCCAGGGCAAGCUAUGAUGCAGGUAUGCUUCAUUCACAAGGGCAGCUGUCAUUGCAGGCGCAGCCACGUUGGAGCACAUCAUGCGUCCCGGUUGUUUCAAUUUCUUCAUUGCCUAGUCAGUACCAUAACUAUCAGGCUACUGCUCUACAACAGCUGACAUCUCCAGCUCACCCAAGCACAAGUAGUCAGGCCUGUGGAAGUCGGAAGCAGGAGACUACCAGUGACAUGAAGAGCAGCAGUGUAGACAAACGAAGGAGCUCUCAUCGCAGCAGGGACAGUGCACUGUGCACUUGA